AUGCAUCAGAUCGCUAUGAUAGCGGAUAUCGAGAAAGCUUUCCUCCAGAUCAUGGUCCACGAGAGAGAUCGUGAUGCGCUACGAUAUCUUUGGUACCGCGACGUGCCCUUUCGUGAGAUGACGUCUAACGAGCUCCGCGUUCUCAGGAUGAGUCGGGUUCCCUUCGGAACGACCGCGAGUCCUUUCCUCCUGGCUGCAACGCUGCAUCACCAGUUUCGUCACAUCACUGACUAUCUAAGGGACACCGCAAGCGACUUGUUAUCCUCAUUUUACGUGGACGACUUGGUAACAGGAGCUGAUAACGUUGAACAAGCCACGAGGAUGCAUCGUCAGGCUUUGGCAGUCAUUGAACAGGCUGGAAUGCGCCUCAGAAAAUGGGCAUCGAAUGAACCCAAGUUAAAGUCUGUGUUCAAAAAGUGUGAGACUGACGAGUCGAUACAUCAAAAGGUACUUGGAGUUCCCUGGAAUACUGAAACUGACAGCUUGAUGCCUAAUUUAGAAGCCGUGAAAACGUUUGUGGCAACUUCAGCAGUAACCAAAAGGAACAUACUCCAAGGCACCGCAAGACUGUUUGACCCUUUGGGAUUCCUCAAUCCAUUUACGUUCAGGGCCCGAUCCAUGUUUCAAGACCUAUGGAAGAAAAAGGUUGGAUGGGACGAAGAUAUCCCAUGUCAUGCUCAGCAGAAGUGGAUCGAAUGGUGUAAUGAACUAUCUACAUUAUCAGCACUAGAGAUUCCCCGUUGCGUCGUUCCAGCGAAUGCAUCUGCGUUUCAAAUGCAUAUAUUUUGUGAUGCCAGUCCUCUUGGUUAUGGGGCAGUGGCUUACCUGAGAACCGCAAACACAAAGGGCGAGAUUUCAACGCAUUUAAUACUCUCAAAAACUCGUCUAGCACCUAUCAAGCAGCUCUCUCUUCCAAGACUAGAGCUUAUGGGAAUGCUUAUCGGAGCAAGAAUGCUCACUUACCUGCAGAGGACACUGUAUAAAUUCCAGUUCGACUACUUUAUUUGGACCGACUCCAUGAUCGCAUUGUGGUGGAUACGACGCCGGCCAACCGAAUGGAAAGUGUUCGUCAGCAAUCGAGUAAAAGAAAUCCAACGUCUCACCGAAAUAUCGCAUUGGGCACACUGCCCUGGGACCGAAAACCCAGCUGACCACUUUUGGAAACGUUGGCACAAGGACUAUCUGUGGGAGUUGCGAUCGGCCCAUGUAUCACGUACCACGCCUUCUCAUUCCAUGAAGGAAGGCGAUCUUGUACUCGUUCAUGAAGAACGAACACCGAGGCAAGUUUGGAAAACAGCACGGAUUGCGAAGUUUCAUCGAGGAAGAGAUGGAGAGAACAGGUCAUGUUCCGCCAAGCUGCCAUCAGGCAACAUCACAAGACGACCUGUACAUCAGCUGUACCCAUUCGAAGAUCAUCUCCAAUGUGCUAGUGACGCCCAUUCCGGGGGGGAGGAUGUUGCGGAAUGA